AACAGUGGCAUUCAAUCACAAUGGCACCUUCUGCUGGUGGGAAAGCAUCGAAUGGGAGAGGUCGAAAAACACUCUCCAGAGAAGCUCGCUUUAAGAAGAUCAAAGCAGCAGAAGCAGCAGCAAGGACAUCAAAUGCGAUUAAGAAUGGUGGUAAUGUCAGUCUAGACAAAGGCAAAGGAAAGGCAAAAAAGAGAGAUGAUGAUAUUGAAGAAGAUCCUCAUCCAUUCCGUUACAAAUCAUUCAACGACCGACUCGCAUCAGUACAUAUCAAUGUGGCCACCAAUCUUGGAAGAAGUGGUACUGGAGCUUUAGCCGGCUUAGAUGGCCAUGGCUUGGCAUCCACCAGUCACAAAAUGCAAGAUGGUUCGGACGAUGAGAGCGAAGAAGAUGACGAUAUGGAAGGAAAUGUAGCCCUGCAUGCAAAAACUUCAUUCGGCAUUGCAUUGCAAACAUGGAAGGAACUCAAUCUAUCCUUACCCUUCACCUCUUUGGCUAACCGCAUCCAGUCUCAAUCGCUUUCAUUGCCUUUAUUGCUUCACAACCAGAAAACAAUCACGAAGCAUCUACAUGAUACCCUCUUUGACGCAUAUCCGGAUUCUUACUUGGCAUAUGAGCCGGCAUUGGAUCUGAUUCCUAGAUUGGCAAAUGAUUUGGGAUCUGCUUUCUUGCCUUCAUAUGUUGAUCUCUUGACUGCAAUCUUACGCAUAACAACAAUCGACAAACUCAGCACUGAAGGUCAGGAGUACACAGCUGCGAUGAUUGUGGAAAGAUCUUUCGAAAGUAUGGCUGCAACACUAAGAUGCAUGGCACCUUUUGUACUGCGUGAGCAACAAAGCAAGGAAGGUGACUCCAAAGAUUGGUUAGAGAUCACAUGGCACCUUGUAAGACCAUUCUUAGGAUUUCAGGAUUCUUGGAAGACUCAAUCUGCAACCGGUGAGGAUUCAAUGGAGGUCGAUGGAGAAGCAGUACCCACUCAAGCACCGAUUCCUAAACGGAAAAAGAUUCCGAUGCAUACUCGCCGUUUUGUGUCAGAAGCAAUUGCUCAUCUUGUGCGGCGAGCAAAGGCAAAUCAAUUACAUCGUGUAGCACAAGUGAUGAUGGAAGACGUUACACUGGCCAUGCAAGCUGGAGAUGGUCAGAGUAGCACAAAACAAAGCCCAAUCAGAGGAUUUGCUUCUGGUGUUGCAGGUAUUUGGGCCGAAGUGGCCAAAUCAGUUGAAGGUCGCAUUCAUUCUAUGGCACCCACUCACUUACAAGCAGCACUCCUGACCCCGGUCACCGUUUCAUCCAGUGGAGAAGAUUCAAGCGCUCACAGAGCCCGUAUCUUAGUCGGAGUGUAUCUGAUUACAUCAUUGUGCCAUCAUGCUCAAGGUGCAGAAUUGGCGCCGAUCUUUGAGUGGCUUUCACGAUCACUUGAUAGCGAGCUGAACAAGCUGGAGUCCAAAACCAUCGAAGACUCUGAUAAGGUCGUGCUGGCUAGCAACGUUCAUCAGAAUGUAGAGUGGAUGAUUGCUUACAUCGGUACCAGAAAAGGGAAAAGAGUCAAUGAUGAAUCCAAGUCAAACAUUUUCGGCAUGAUUUUACGAUUGGCAAAGCUUACUACAACAUUGGACAGAGAGGACGCUCCGCAGAAAGCUUUGCUCGCAUCUCUUGUUCAAUUGAUUAGUAUUGCUUUUCCGAUCGCCCGUAUUCAGGACUUGAUUGGAAACGGGUUGAAGAUCAUGGAUGCCCUUGCUACACAUUCUGGGGAGGAUCUCAUCCCAUCAGCAUAUUCUGCAGUGGUCUCUUCCUUGGCAUCGCUGGAAUUUAGCGGCUAUCAACAAGUAGUGAUGCCUUCUGUUCUCCGUGUGACCUCGGAUUUGUUGGCAGGAUCUACCACUGGCUUCUCAGAUGCUGUGCAAUUGCUCGCCAAUCUAGAUGAACAAGGAAUCUUGGAUACAGUGACUCGACAGGCACCAACAGCAAUGACUACACGAUGGCAAAAUGUCUUAGCAAAUGCGGUUCAGAAGGCUAUUUCUGACGUUACCGGAAUAGUUUCUUCCCAGCCAGUGUUUGAUGCAGAUCUCUUGUCAUCCGAACAGAUUGCAUGCAUAUCUCUGGCAGGCGUAAUACCUUCCUCCAGUACAAAUUCGACGAUUGACCAACUAUGUGCUCUUUUGAGUACCUUAGCCAAGUUCAAUGUCCAGGAGGAGAAGAAUGCCAAAGGUGUCGUCAAUUCAAACAGUGUGAUUUCGUUGGUAUUGCAUUCGCUUAGCAGACUCGUGGAUCAACACGGCAAAAAGGUAGCGGUUCAUGCAGUUGCCAGUCUAACACAGGCAUGCUCAAUGGAAGAAUUACUUAUCCAUCGAGCUCAACAUCGCUCGGUAGUCAUACGAACUGCUCAAUUGAUCAAAGGAGUAAAGGACCAGGGUGCGAAUAUCAAAUUCUCGGACUUGAAUAAGCUAGCAACAGCUUUGGAGUUCAGCGCCUCAUCAGCUGAUGAGACACUACGUAUGGCCACUUUGCAAAUUCUCUCUUUGGCUUCAUUUGACGAAGUAGAUCCGUCAACACCUUCAGUCUUUGCACAAUUGACAGAAGUAGAAGGAAAGGGUCUAGCAGUCGAUACAGUGAGGGAGAGGAAUGUUCUACUUCGUUCCAUCGGUCGUAACCUAUCAAGACUUCAAGUCGCCACGACCGAGGAAACCAAACCAAAAUGGUUCACUUCUUCUACCAUAAGAUUCACUAUCCGCAUGAUGGUUUCUACGAUGAAACUCAAUUUGCGCCCUCUGUGGGAAGAAGCGCGCAAAGGUUUGGUCGAUCUCAGCGUGCAAUUUGGGCAAGAUGUGUGGGCUGUAGCUUUUGAGGAAUUGACCAAAACAAAUCUUCCAUCGGACGAUGAUUCUAGAAAGACUUUAGAUCAUGAUGGAGGAUCCAAGUGGAUAUCAUUGAGUGACGAACUGGGCUACGAUGACGAAUCAGUUGACAAACACUUUCAAGACCCUCAAUUGUCAUCGAGGAGAGACAUUGUCACAUCUGCGGCUCAAGACGUAGUUGCAGGAUACUGUGUAGAGAAGCAAUUGAAGAAUGACGAAGCUCCACACGGACGUCUCGAUCUGAUCAAUUACCAGGUACAAAUCUUGGCACUCUUUACGUCUCUCGCCUCAAUGGCCGAACGCAAUAAUGCUCCUUUAAUGCAACAUUUCUUCCGCACAAUUGUCGAUAGACCAGAGCUGGAGCUGAACGAUGACGAAUCUGAUGCAGAGGAUGAAAUAGAGACGGAGAAGGAUGAAGAAGCCGAUCAAACCGGAGAUGUGAACAAGAGCUUGCAGGCUAAAGAAAGUCUUGUUACACUCACUCGAAAUCAACGCCGUGAUCAGCUUUGUGCUUAUCUCGAAACUUUCGCCCAAUUCAGCAAUCCUAAAGCAUUGUAUCGGAGCGCCGAUGUGUAUGCUUAUUUGCUUAAGUUAUGCACGCAGGGUGAUCCAAAGAUCCAGAGAUUAGCACUCAAUGUGAUUUUGCAAUGGAAGGAUCCUGCACACACAGCCAACGCUGAUCUCCUCAGAAAUCUUUUGAAUCCUAGCCAGUUUCGAGAACAACUUACCUCUGUGGUUCUUGCCAAUACUGCAGAAAGCACAAUUCAACCUGGUCAUCGUGCUGGUUUAUUGCCUCUUUUGCUACGGAUCAUGUAUGGUCUCAUCAUCUCAAAGUCAAGUCGGAUCAGUGGACAGGCAAACCGAAGAUCUGCCAUUUUGACUACUUUGGCUGAUCUUGAGCCACAAGAUUUAAAACCUUUCAUCGAGGUUAUGUUGGAACCAUUUGAUGACAUUUGCGGAACUGAUGGCGAUAGAGCAUUUGUGAUGAAGGAUAGAGCACCAUUGGCUCCACAACGAGUUCAAAGCGGUUAUAUUGCAUUGUUGGAAGAUGUUUUGAAGUACUUGGGCUUGCGGAUCAUACCGUUCUGGCAGGAUCUCAUCGGUGUCUUACUCAAUAUUACCCACCAUGCCUCUUUGAUAGCUGCAGAGCAAGGACCCGGAAAGUCAUCACAAAUUGAACGAAACAUUCGACAAAGUGGGCUAAGGAGAUUGAAUGACUUUUUCCGUCAACCGACAAAUGAAUUUGAUUGGCAACCGUUCCUUCCUGCGAUCUUCAAACAUCUCAUCACUCCGAGAUUGGCCACAUUACGCAGUGAAAGCAUUCAAAGUCCGUCCGUUGUACUAGAGAUUAUACAUACGUGGUCAGGUAAACGCUCUUCAAUUAUGAAUUUGGUGCAAUACGACUCUUCUUUGUUGCCCAAUACAACGAGCUGUCUGGAAGCCAAUGGCGUAAAACCAUCAGUCAUUAUUCGUGUUCUGGACGUUUUGGACAAUAUCGUGACAUAUGGAGAAGACGAAGGUGAGGAUGAAACAGAUGCAGAUCAGGAAGAGCCUUCAGCUUUGACUGUCAGAGAACGUAUCGUGCUCCCGUAUGUGUCGACGAUGCUGAAAGGCGUCGAUGCUUUGAUACGGAGAUGUGAAGCAGCCACUCCGACGGAAGCAAAGUCAUUAGGAAGAGACGAAAUGCUACGGCGGUUGCUCGAUCUUCUCUCACGUAUGGCUUCAUAUGUGACCAAGCCGGAUGACAUCACCUCUCUGUUCUCUCUCUUGGGUCCGUUAUUACGCAAGAAUAAUGUGAUCAUCUCGGAAAAGAGCAAAGCAGACGUUUUGAUCGUUUUGGAGAAGUUAAUGCCAAUGUGGCUUACUGAGCAAAGUGCAACAAAAGACAACGUGUACGCUUUGUAUUCCAUCUUUUCCGCUCUCUUUUCCAAACUGCGUGGCCGAAUCUCGCGAUCAACUCUGGUAAGAGCUUUCUCCCAAUUCAGCAAAUUUGAUGAAUCUCUUGCACAAGUCAUUGCAUGGACAGGAGACUUGAACGCAUUUGAUCAAAAGAGAAUGCAAGAGUACGAUUUUGAUCGCCGAUUGGGGGCUUUUGAUACAAUCAAUGCGGAAGAUGAAGCAGGGAAGCAAAUGCGUGCAAGGCUUUCUCCUCUACACUGGUCACCUCUGCUGCACAACUUUAUGUACUUCAUUCAAGACCCUGACGAAUUGGCCGUUCGAGCAAGCUCUGGAACAGCCAUUCGAAGAUUCAUUGACACGUAUCAAUUCCAUCUAGAGCGAGAGCAAGGAUCCAGUACUCAUGACCACAACGCGCUUUUGAACGAUCUUCAGAAGCUCUUUACAGGUGUUGUGUUUCUAGGAUUGCGACGAUCUCUGCGAGCACAAUCGGAUCUAGUCAGACGUGAGGCUGUAGAGACCAUUGGUUAUGCUGUUGCACAUCUGUCACCUCACCUUUCCUACGUGAGCGAAAUGAAAGGUUUGCUGUUCGAAGGUGAUGAAGAAGCCAAUUUCUUCAACAAUAUCGAGCAUAUCCAAGUCCAUCGUCGUUUACGAGCAUUAACACGAUUAGGACAAGAAGCAUUAUUGGGCCACAUCAAGAGUCGCACAAUUCUUGAUGUCUUCAUGCCGUUGGUCGAACACUUUUUGCUUACCGAGCAUAAUCAUGGAGAUGGAAAUCUGAUCCAAAAAGCGGUCGAAGUUUUGGGUCAAUUGACCAGUCAACUGAAAUGGGGUCCAUACAAUGUUUUACUAUGGAAAUAUCUUUCCUAUCAAAGCACUAAAAGCGAUAAAGGCGGUAAAGAGGAUGAUUCCAAAGCAAAGGAGAAAGUUACAGAAAAGGUUGCAGUGCGUGCAGCGAUGUGCGUUUUGGACAACUUCCAUUUUGAUAUGGAUGAGGAUGUGAUUGGCGCGAAUCAAGAGGAGAAAGAAGUUGAUGGAGAAGGAGACCCUGAGGAAGAGUUGCAAGAGCGUGAUGAGGAACAAGAAGUCCUACGAUCAGAGGCAAUGGCACAUUCAAGAAAGGUAUUGGAUGCUGUCAGAAAUCGACUUCUGCCCCGUUUAAUCGAAUGCCUUGAUCUCAAAGACGAAAUGGAAGAUACUGUCAGACUACCGAUUGCUAUCGGUAUUGCACGUAUCGUUCUUCUUUUGCCUCCGCAAUAUCGAAGAAGUGAGGUGCUUCGAAUGCUGAACAGAAUGUCACACGUAUUUCGAAGCAAGGCGCAAGAUACAAGAGAUCUAGCGCGAUCAACUUUGGCAAAAGUUUCAGUCACUCUAGGUCCAACGUAUUUCAGAGAUCUUGUGAUCGAAUUACGAAAGGUUUUGACCCGCGGUCCUCAAAUUGCUGUUCUAGCGUUCACGGUGCACAAUGUCCUAUUGCACUGUGUUGAAAGUGAAGAUCAAAAACUGUCAAUUUUGGAUGAACAGACUACUGGAGAUGUCGUUGAAGUUAUCAUUGAGGAUAUUUUUGGAAGAACUGCAGAAGAUCGUCAAAGCAUCGAAAACAGGACUACAUACAAAGAGGUCAAAGCAACGAAAAGUCUCGAUACCCUUGAGCAAGUAGCCCGCAUUGUAGCCCCUUCUGCUAUUCGAGCUAUGUUACUUCCUUUGAAAGAAUUGAUGGCACAGACUGAAGCAGCGCAGGCUACACGCAACUUUGAUGACUGCUUGCGAAGAAUUGCUGUUGGUCUCCAAGCAAAUAGUCAUCUGGAUGCCCAUGCAUAUUUGGUCUUGUGUCAUGAAUUAGUCAGUGCAAGUAGCGGAUCAUUGUUCAAAAAGAAUUCCAACGGCAGUUCCUCGAAACGUGACGGAAAGAAGAGCAAACAAAUGCGAAGAACUAGUGCAAUCUUGUCCAAACGAUUGGACGUAGAGAAAGAUGCUGACGUGCGCGAUCAUUUCGCCAAGAAUGCUCAUCGUUUCGUUGCAUUCGGACUUGAUCUCCUCUCUUCAGCAAUGCGAAAAGGUAAAUUCGAUUUCAAUGAUGUUUCUGUCUUAGCAAAGUUGGAACCUCUGUUGGGAGCAGUGGGAAAUAGUCUUUACGCUAGCCAAACGAAUAUUAUCAUUCAAGGUAUUCGCUGUUUGACCUUAUUGAUCCGAUGCCCGUUGCAAGCUAUGAAGAAUUCUCUUCCCACUAUCGUCAAACAAACGAUGAAGUUGGUUCAGCGCGAAGGAAAUACACGAUCCGACACAUUGAUGGCUUGUCUGAAGUUGUUGACAGUCAUCAUUCGUGAUGCCGGUCAAAAGGACGGAGCAGACCCAGAUCAAUUAUUAUCCGAACAGCAGUUGACAACGCUUUGUCAUCUGAUCGAGAUGCAUGUGGAAGAAGAUGUGGAGAUGCAAGGUACUUUGUUCAGUCUAUUGCGUGCAUUGAUUGUUCGAAAAUUGACCGUACCAGAGCUUUACGAUCUGAUGGACAAAGUGGCGCGUAUGUUGGUUGUGCAACAAAGUGAAAGUGUCAGAUCAACAUGUCGUGCUGCCUUUUUAGACUUCAUGCUGAACUUACCACAAGGAAAGAAACGCUUCUCUAACCAAAUUCAUUUCCUUGUCAAGAAUUUAGAGUAUGUCUAUGAAAGUGGAAGAUUAAGCGUUUUGGACUUUUUGCGUAGUAUGCUGGACAAAACUUCUGAUGAAGUUUUACGACCAUACUUGGACCUCAUGUUCGUCGCUCUGGUUAUGCGUUUGGCCAACGAUGAUAGCAGUGCUUGCAGAGAAAAGUCAGCUCUGCUCAUCAGAAAGAUUGUCGAUGUUUCUGGACAGGAAGAGAUUGGCAAAUUGAUCGCUUUGACUCAAAGUUGGUCUCAAAGCACAUUGGAAAGUGAGACGGGACGGAAUCUUAGUCGAGUCUCUAUGCUGGUGUUUGGGAUCAUGCUAGACGCGAAGGUCCAAAUCAGUCACGACGAUGCAAAUGCAAAAGACUGGCAAAUAAAUGCCUUAUCACGUUCCUUUGACGUAUUGGAGCAAUGCGCAGUCUAUCUUGAAGAAAAAGAAAUUGACGUCGAAGAAGAGACCUGGAUGGAAGAAGAUAAUGAUCUGCUGUCUGACUGGCAAAUACCGUAUCAGAGCCUUCAAUUGGUCAAUCGCAUUUUCAAGCAACGUGAUGAAAUUUGGUCGGAUGGUGAAGAAGCCAAGUCUCAAUUUGACUCAGUCUGGUCUACCGUAGCACGUUUGCUGUUGUUCCCUCAUGCUUGGGUUCGUUCUGCGUCUUGUCGAUUGAUCGGUGAAUACUUUGGAACUCAGAAACCAUAUACACCAAAGAGUCAAGAUGAAUUGACCGACCUGGUGGACAUGUCAAAGAAGAUGUCGCUCGUUUUACGUAGUCCACAAAUCGAUGAACAGCUUUCCAUACAAGUUGUCAAGAAUCUCGUCUUUAUUGCAAAAUGCUUUGUCGGUGUCGAUAAUGAGAACAUCACCAAAUCAUCAAGCAAAGGUCGCGACAAGGCAGAUGGAGAAGAAGAAUUGGUUGAGAGUGACAUCGAUGAAGAUGAUCUCGCUGAGGGCAGCGCGCCAAAACCUGUCAAGAAAAGAAACGAAGAUGAAGAUGACGCCUUAUGGCACAAGCAGCCAUUGCGCUGGUUGUUCAACAGACUUUCUCAUCAGCUUCGUCGUUCAGGAGCAGAUCGUGCUCAUAUCUCAUCUGGUGCAAUGUGUGCAUCGAGUGCAAUUUUGAAAUGGAUGGCAGCCAUCAUGAGCCAAUUGGAUGUGGAUACGAGUAAGAGGUAUUUGGUCCACGUUGUUGCUCCAAUUUAUCGCAUUUUGGAAUCCAACAUUACCGUUCCUAGCUUGUCAGAUGCAAAUGGAAGAAAGCCUUCCAAAUUUGGAGAUAUUGCAGCUGCUGAAAGAAGAUCUUCAUUGGAAACACUGGCCCGUGAAGUGCAAGAAUUGUUGCAGGCCAAAGUGGGAACACAGUUAUUCGCAUACACAUAUGCUUCAGUGAAAAGGAAAGCAAACGACAAAAGACAUCAAAGACGUGCUCAAGCCAUUCAAAGAGGAAUUGACUUCCCAGAAGAAAUGGAAGCACGUAAGACACAAAGGAAUAUGCGUAAACAUGAAAGUAGAAAGCGGAAAAAUGAUUCAUACGCAAAAGGCAAAGAUCGUGUUCGACCUUCAAAGAGGCAGAGAUGAUCGAUUUGAUUGUACACCAGAAUAAAUAGAAUAACAAUAAAAUCAACUGUC